UACUCUGUGGCUAUAUAUACUGACCCUUCCAACCAACACAACACACUCCAGCCAGCCCUAGUUCCGAUUGUUUUCAACAGUAUCACUUUGCCAGUGGUCGAGUGUACGUCGCCAGUUACACUAUUAAGGAUAAACCCGAAACUUUAUAUUACUACAGAAUCUCCCAACCGAAAUGAUGGAUGCCAGCACUAGUCCGGACGUUCCGGAAUCUCCUUUGCCGACACAGCCCCCGACGAGUGCUUCGAAGCCCGACCAAUCGCAGCCAAAGCAACAAACUUCGGAGCAACAAUCGCAGACUCAACUGGACCCUCAAAACCCGAAUCUCCUCUCGUCUUUGUACAGCUUCUUGGUCAUUGUGAGCUUCUUCCUAGUAGGCUUCGCAGCGUUCCGAAACACUCUUACCUGGCAUCUUCAGAGGUUCUGGGGUGCAUCCGGAGAUUUCUGGCAAGCCCAAUGGGACCGAUUUAUUGACUUUACCGGUGAAGACCCCGCGACCCUCUGGGUUCUCAGUACAACCCUGUUCACCGUGUUCGUGUACUGGUUCUUCGGAGGUAUCUACACCAUUUUCGACCUAACGUGCAAGCCGGCCUGUAUCCGUCGGUACAAGAUGCAACCGGGUACGAACGAACCCGUAGACAGGACCCGUCUCCUGAAGGUCAUCGCUACGGUCCUCAUGAACCAAACCCUGGUCGGAAUCCCGAUGGCCGUGUUCAUGUACCAGGCGAUGCGAUUCCGGGGAUUGAAUGACCUCCGUGAGCUGCCCACGUUUCACUGGGUGCUGGCCGAACUGUCGUUCUGCAUCUUCAUCGAGGAGAUCGGAUUCUACUAUGCACACCGGUUGCUCCACAACCGGCACAUCUACAAGUACAUCCACAAGCAGCACCACGAGUGGACGGCCCCGAUUGCCAUCACGGCCAUCUACUGCCACCCGAUCGAGCAUAUUUUCAGCAACCUGGUGCCGCCGUUUCUGGGAAUCUUCAUGCUGGGAAGUCACGUGGCCGUGGCCUGGUUGUGGUUUACGCUGGUCAUCCUGUCGACGCUGAAUGCCCACUCCGGGUACCACUUGCCGUUCUUCCCGAGUCCGGAAGCGCACGAUUUCCAUCAUUUGAAAUUCAACCAAUGUUUCGGCGUCCUGGGGGUCCUGGACCGGCUCCACGGCACCGAUACCUUGUUCCGGAACACCAAGGCCUACGCCCGCCACAUCAUGAUGCUGAGUUUCAUUCCGGCCCGGGAAGCCUUCCCCGAACCGGCCAAGAAGGCCUUCUAAGAGACACUCCCUGUCUCUUUCUCACUCUCUAACUAUCUCUGUCACUAUCUGUCACACUGUUGUUGUAGAACGCGAGUACAUCUCCAAUCAAUCAAUCAAUGAAUCUCUGUCUACGUGUGUAUUCGUGUGCGUGCACCUUGAACACUGAUCAAAAAACUUACCCCCAUACACUGCUGUGUCAUGUUACAUCACUACCUACUACUGUUGUUAGAUAAUUACGAUGAUGCUAAACUACGAAACGGUUCGGAUGGAAGGGUGAUGGGGAUUGGGAUCCGAAAGCGGAUGGUUGGGGAGAGUUGGGUAAAACGCUGGAGACGCUACAUUCGUGUAGAUGAUACAAUUCUAGAUCGUUUUAGAGACUUUGAAACUAAGCUGUAGGUAAGGAUUACACGAAUUGCGCUUUAGAAGCGUCUCUCUGGACACUGUAUUUUGCACCGAACUGCAUAUUUUCGAAACAACGCUUCGUCAGUGCUUUAGUUUAGGGUUUCUACUGGAACGAAUGUGCAAAACUAGGUAAAUGCUAGGUCUAGUUUCACUUUUUCGUUCAAACGAAAAAGUGAGAAUAGAAUUUGUAUGAAUAAGAGAGGGGAAUAGAGAUAGGAGAAUUACACUCAUAUUCUUUCAUUUACACAAUUAUACACCACAAGACUGUGAUUAGAUGGAAAGCUAAAAGCAAAUACGCCUAUUUCUUUCAUGACUUUUAGACCUAGAAUGAGGAAAGUGAAGCUUGGCGGUGAAACUAUUUUUCAAACCCAUUUUGUGAAGAAAACCCAUUUACACUAACAUCACUAACUACUUACUCAUCGAAGAACAUACACUACUAGACAUAUACUACUUGCACUCAAAGUGUACACACCAAAAAUAAGUAAAACUAAAUGCAUAUAUUUUCAUCGGAUUUAAUGUAUGGGAAAUACAUGGUAAUUCUUCUCAGUGUA